AAGGCAGUACAAAUAGUGUUUUGAGUUUGUUGUGGUGUUGUUUGUAUUCGAGUAUUACCUUUUAUUUGUGUUUAACGAAGCUCCAGUGUUCCAAGUAUGAUGAAGUUUGCGUAACAUAAAUAUCGAAACGGAUGUGUUCAUGUUUAUAGUGAUGUGAGAUUCAAGAGGACCACUUCUGCAAUGGCAAAUCACUACGAUGUUCCAAACUGGGCUGGAAAACCGCCUGUCGGACUUCAUCUGGAUGUUUUAAAAGGAGAUAAACUAAUCCAGAAAUUGAUGAUAGAUGAGAAAAAGUGUUACCUCUUUGGUAGGAAUCCUCAGAUGAAUGACUUUUGCAUUGACCACGCAUCUUGCUCUCGAGUUCAUGCUGCUCUUGUGUAUCACAAGCAUUUAAACAGAGCCUUUCUGGUGGAUUUGGGAAGCACUCAUGGCACAUUCAUUGGAUCACUUCGUUUGGAGCCACAUAAGCCUACACAAUUACCAAUAGACAGUGUAUUCCAUUUUGGGGCAUCAACACGGAAUUACAUCAUUCGUGAACGACCACAAACAGGUUCAAGACCAAUCAUUGAGGAACUAGAAAAAUCUUCAGAAGAAGCUGAAGGUGGCCUCUUGGGUUUGCCAGAGACGGAAACAGAACUGGAUAAUCUUACAGAGUUUAAUACUGCACACAAUCGCCGAAUAUCUAUGCUGGGGAUUCCUGAUGAAGAAAUUCGCCCCACAACGAGGAAAAGAAAGAAGAAAUUACUGACUUUUAGUGAAGAAGAGGAAGUAAUAAAUCCUGAAGAUGUUGAUCCAUCUGUUGGUCGUUUUAGGAAUAUGAUUCACACGACUAUAAUACCAACAAAGCGUCAGAGAAUUGAUGGUGUUGGACCAACAAGUGGUCUCACAAACAGUUCAGAUGAUCGCCUGAACCUCAUGAAACACUUACAUCCUUCUGCAAUGAUGCCACAUCUGUAUCACGAUUUGCCACCUGAAGGGUCUCACCCGGUUGGUGCUGGAACACCAACAUCACCCACAGGUACAGGUAACAGUGCAAAUACUCCACUGUUGUUUUCGUCGGCACUGGCAUCGCGCUUGGGCUUGGCCUUACCGAACCCUGCUCCAGAAGUGGAGAUGGCGCCACCCCCGCUUCCACCUGCUGUGCUACCUGGCCAGCCAGCUGUCGGUGCUUCUGUCGACCUUAGCCACGAACCUAAGAAGAAGAAGUAUGCUAAAGAAGCAUGGCCUGGCAAGAAGCCUGUUCCAACACUCCUUGUGUGACACCAGCAUCUUUUUGUUCUUGUGUCAUAUACACUCUGGAUUCCAGCCAAGUGGAAGGACUCCGUACACUGAAUGUAUGCAAGAAUUACGUAAUCAUUGUGAAUUUUUGUUUUGUUAGACACCACCAGUGUAGCAUCAGGAAUUCAAAUUUGUGUAUUGUCCAUUAACUUCAUUAACAACAUAAUUUUGUUGUUCAUGGGUUGUUGUAAUGUGUUUUGUAUGCAGCUGUAGUAUGUUUCAUAUAGAGCUCGCAAUUUCCAAUGACUUUGGUUUUUUCCCUGCAUAAGCUCAUGUACGGUUCUCAUUGCUUUUCUGCUUAGUACAUUUGGUUUUGGGACUUGUUCAUGACUACAUGGAUUAUCUGAACAGUGUGCAUGAUAGUGUUUGUAUACAGUACUGUGCAUUGUUCAUAUUCUGUAAAUACAAAUACUGACUUUGUGUUGAA